CAUGAAUUCCCUGCGGACUGCUGCACGUCGGUUUUCUACAAUGGCAUCAAUGCAAACCUCUUGCUCGCCUUUCACACAGGCCGUUGUGGCCUCAAUGCGAAAGCUGUAUCCCGAGGCAUUGGCAGACAAAAGCUUCGAUAACACUGGCUUGCUCCUUGAAGCUCCCUUUGAGCCAACCCGUCGACAGAAGAACUCGGUUCUCCUAGCCAUUGAUCUCACCUCAGCUGUCGCAGACGAGGCAAUUAAGCGCCAGGAUUCUGCUGUUGUUGCCUAUCACCCCAUUAUCUUCCGUGGUCUCAAGUCUAUUACUCUUGAUGACACCCAACAGCGGUCUCUGCUGCGAUUGGCCCAGCAUGGUAUCAGUGUCUACUCGCCUCACACGGCUGUUGACACCAUUCCUGGUGGAAUGGCUGACUGGCUGUGCGACGUGGUGACUGGCAAUUAUCAGUCAUCCAAAGACGAGCUGAAGGCCUCUAUCAAAGGCUGCUCCUCGACCUUAUACUCUGCGCCUACUUAUCCGCGGUCUGAAUCUGUUCCAACUACUGGCUCGGAAAGCACAUCUCAGCAACUGCCUCACACUCGGUCCACAAUUCACCCAUCACCCCCAGCUUCCAUCCCGGAAGGCUUCGAGUCUGCCGGUGCUGGCCGCCUAGUCCAAUUCAACGACGCCCAACCUCUCACCACCCUGAUUGAUCAUAUCGGCCGUGGCGUCGGCCUCCAGGCGGGUAUUCCCAUUGCUAUUCCGCAAGGGCGUUCCGUCGAUGACAUCCGUAUUCGCACCGUUGGCAUGUGCCCCGGUUCUGGAUCGGGCGUCCUUCUCCGCGGGAAUGAUAUCCCCGACCUUCUUUUCACUGGCGAGAUGAGCCAUCAUGAAGCUCUUGCUGCCACCGAGCGUGGAUCGGUGGUUAUCUCACUUGCUCACACGAACUCUGAGCGCGGAUAUCUCCGCGCGGUGAUGCAGCGGAAAUUGCAGGACGAUUUGUCAAAGCGCUGGGACAGCGACCGGCAAGCCGCACUCCAGGCAACCCAAGAGACUGCAAAGCAGGGUGGAGCCACUCCUUCAGCUUUCGGCGAGGAAGUUUACAAGGACGGCAGCGUUGAGGUAUCUGUCAGCGAUGCCGAUCGCGAUCCCUAUGGAAUUAUGAUUUGGCGAUCUUAACCCAGUUUAUUGAGGCAUAAGAUUAUCAAAAAAGUCGACGAGAUACUGCUACAUUCUGGCAUGUGGAUAAUACACUUGAAUUCAUAAAGUGACAGGCCAACGGAGACUCUCGAAAAAAAUGCAUUGAAUACCUUCUAAUUUCCCUCGGAACUGGCCCAAAACGAUUCAACUGUCAUCCUGAACCCAAAUUACCCGAUAUAAACACGACAAGUACUGCAUCAUAAGCAGCCGCAGUGCUAUAAACUUCUGCCCUUCUAGCGCUUGUCAAAAGAGCAAGACUUAAAGCAAAGACAAAUGUAUAGAGGACCACCA